GCUGAACAGAGUGGAUCAGAGACGCCCGGAGGUCUGGCGAGCCGCUCACACACACCUGUCCGGAGGAGAGGAGCCGCGGAGCCUGGAAACCUAUGAUCUGAGAAGGUGUGCUGUGUCCUCCUGUCUGCUGGUAUCAGGAUGCUGUUCUCAGUCAGACUCAGUCUCUGCCUGCUGGGCUUGGUCCUCAUCUCUCUGUUCCCUCAGCCUGCGCGGGGCCAAGUUUCAUCGCCACGGAGAUUUCGUGCCAAAGUCCUGAGCCCCACCAAACUGCAAGUGAUGUGGAAAGAGCCGAAAGGAGAGUUUGAAAGCUACAAAGUCAUUUACACCACACAACCAGGUGGACAGCAGAAGGAGGUUCAGGUAUCGAAGCAGGAAGCAAAGCUCCUCAUUGAGGACUUUGACCCCUCUAAAGAAUACAACUUUAAGAUCAUUGCAGUCAACAGAGGACGGGAGAGCAAACCUCUUCAGGCCAAGCAUGAAGCUCAGCCAUCAGGCGUCGCGAUGGUUCAGUCCCAGAGGAGACAAGACAGCGGUGUCACUCAGGAGAACAACGAGAUCUUGGAAGCUGAAGACCGGUUUAUGUGUAAGACUCCGGCCAUCGCUGACAUUGUGAUUCUGGUGGACGGCUCCUGGAGUAUUGGUCGCAUCAACUUCAGGCUGGUCAGGACGUUCCUGGAAAACCUGGUCAAGGCCUUCUCUGUGGAGUUUGACAAGACCAGGAUCGGCCUGGCUCAGUACAGCGGCGACCCCAGGAUUGAGUGGCAUCUUAACACUCACACCACCAAAGAGGCUGUGAUCGAUGCUGUGAAGAACCUGCCCUAUAAAGGUGGAAACACCCUGACAGGUUUGGCUCUGACCUUCAUCCUGGAAAACAGCUUCAAACCAGGGUCUGGAUCCAGACCCGGCGUUCCCAAGAUAGGAAUCCUCAUCACCGACGGGAAGUCCCAGGAUGAUGUGAUACCCCCCGCACAGAGCCUCAAGGAAGCUGGGAUAGAACUGUUCGCCAUUGGUGUGAAAAACGCAGACGAGAACGAGCUGAAGGCCAUCGCCUCUCCUCCUGAGCAAACUCACGUCUACAACGUGGCGGACUUCAGUGUGAUGAGUGACAUUGUGGAAGGUCUCACCAAGACCGUGUGCGACCGAGUGGAGCAGCUGGACAAGCAGCUCAAAGGGGGUGAACCUGCCCCCCCUCCAACCUCUGUAGCUCCUCCCCGUGACCUGGUGACGUCUGAGAUCACGGCUCGCAGUUUUCUGGUGUCAUGGACCCACGCACCGGGCCAGGUGGAGAAGUACCGCGUGGUCUACUACCCGGCCAGCGGAGGACAGCCAGAAGAAAAAGUGGUUCAGGGCACAGAGAACCGCGUGGAGCUGAACUACCUGAACUCUCUGACCGAGUACCAGGUGGCCGUUUUUGCCAUCUACCGCAGCUCCGCCAGCGAGGCCCUGAGAGGAAGUGCUACCACAUUGGCCCUGCCCAUGGUGAACGACCUGGAGUUGUUUGAUAUCACUCACAGCACCAUGAGGGUCCGCUGGAAGAUCGCUGCAGGGGCUUCUGGGUACAUGAUCCUUUACGCCCCGCUGACUGAAGGAGACCCUGCAGACGAGAAGGAGGUGAAGGUGGCAGACUCAGUGAAUGAGGUGGAGCUUGAGGGACUGACUCCGGCCACAGAGUACACAGUGACAGUCUACGCCAUGUAUGGAGAGGAGGCCAGCGACCCCAUGACCAGCCAGCAGACCACAUUACCACUGACCCCGGCAAAGAACCUGCGUUUCUCAGACGUGGACCACAGCUCUGCGCGGCUCGCGUGGGACUCCGCCUCCAGGAAGGUCAAAGGUUACCGUGUCAUGUACGUCAAGACCAACGGAGUCCAGACCAACGAGGUGGAUGUCGGCCGCGUGACCACCUGGUUGCUAAGAAACCUGACCUCGCUGACCGAGUACACAGUUGGCGUCUUUGCCAUCUACGAGGAGGGACAGGCUGAGGCUGUGACUGACAGCUUCACUACAAAGACCGUCCCAGACCCGCUGGAUCUGAAGAGCAGUGACAUCUCUACAGAAAGCUUCAGGGUGUCGUGGGAACACGCGGCCUCUGAUGUGGUGCUGUACCGACUCACCUGGACGCCCACCGAUGGAGGAGACAGUGAGGAGGCUCUGGUGAAUGGAAAUAUUAACACCUACCUGAUAAAAGGACUCAGCCCGUCCACAGAGUACGAAGUCCUCCUGGCUGCCAUCUAUGGAAACGAGGUGGAGAGUGACGAGGUGAUCCUCGUGGAGUCCACCGUUGAAAGAACAACCACCGUUGCUACGACAACCACCACCACAGCAGCUCCUCGUUACGGGGUGAGGAACCUGAGGAUCGAUGAGGAAACCACCUUCAGCAUGCGGGUGUCGUGGCAGCCCGUCGAGUCCAGAAACGUCCGACACUAUCGACUGAACUACAUCAGUGCCAAGGGAGACCGAGCAGAGGAGACGAGGACGGUGCCCACCGGACAGAGCAGCCUGGUCCUGCAGCCUCUGCUGUCGGAUACAGAGUACAAAGUCACCGUCACUGCUGUUUACCCUGAGGGCGACGGACCAACGGCGGCGCGAAUGGGACGAACGCUUCCUCUUUCAGCUCCUAAGAACCUGCGCGUAUCAGAGGAAUGGUAUAACCGCUUCAGGAUCAGCUGGGACGUUCCGCCUUCACCCACCAUGGGUUACAGAGUCGUCUACCAGCCUCUGUCAGCCCCUGGGUCCGCUCUGGAAACCUUCGUGGGCGAGGACGUGAACACCAUGCUGAUCGUCAACCUGCUGAGUGGGACGGAGUACAGUGUCAAGGUCAUUGCCUCCUACACCACCGGAUCGAGUGAAGCCCUCUCAGGGAGGGCCAAGACCUUGUACCUGGGGGUGACUAACCUGAGCACGUAUCAGGUGAGGAUGACCGGUUUGUGCGCCCAGUGGCAGCUUCACCGACACGCCAGCGCCUACAGAGUGGUGAUCGAGUCCCUGCUCAACGGUCAGAAGCAGGAGACGAAGCUGAGCGGAGGAGCCAGCAGACACUGUUUCAACAACCUGAAGCCCAGCACGCAGUAUAAGAUCAGUGUGUAUGCUCAGCUGCAGGACGGGACUGAGGGCCCUGCAGUCACUGCUACUGCGAAGACAUUACCCAUCCCGACUCCGGCGCCGACCAAGCCCCCCACCACCACCCCUCUACCCACAAUCCCCCUGGCCAAAGAAGUCUGUAAGGCAGCCAAAGCAGACCUGGUCUUUCUGGUCGAUGGUUCCUGGAGUAUCGGUGAUGACAAUUUCCUGAAGAUCAUCCGCUUCCUGUACAGCACCACCGGAGCUCUGGACAGGAUCGGGCCGGAUGGCACGCAGGUCGCCAUAGUCCAGUUCAGUGACGAUGCCCGGACUGAGUUCAAGCUGAACUCGUACAGUGACAAGGAGCGACUGCUCGACGCCAUCAACAAGAUCUCCUACAAGGGAGGAAACACCAAGACGGGUCGAGCCAUCCAGCAUGUGAAGGAAAACAUCUUCACAGUGGAGGCAGGAGUCAGGAGAGGAAUCCCCAACGUCCUCGUGGUCCUCACCGACGGCCGAUCCCAGGACGAUGUCAACAAGGUUUCCAAGGAGAUGCAGAUGGAAGGUUACAUCGUGUUUGCUAUCGGCUUUGCUGACGCUGACUAUGGCGAGCUGGUGAGCAUCGCCAGUAAACCCAGUGACAGACACGUCUUCUUUGUGGACGACCUGGACGCAUUCAAGAAGAUUGAGGAGAAGCUGGUGACCUUUGUGUGUGAAGCUGCCACUGCCACUUGUCCGUCUAUACCGAUGAGCGGCAGCACGACACCAGGUUUCCGUAUGAUGGAGCUGUUUGGGCUGGUGGAGAAUCGGUACAGCAGCAUCUCCGGCGUUUCCAUGGUACCUGGCACCUUCAAUACGUUCCCCUGUUUCCACCUGCUCAGUGAUGCACUGCUGGCACAGCCGACCAGGUACAUCCAUCCUGAGGGGCUGCCCUCUGACUACACCAUCACCCUGCUGUUCAGACUGCUGCCCAACACUCCAGAGGAGCCCUUUGCCCUCUGGGAGAUCCUCAACAAGAACAGCGAGCCGCUGGUGGGAGUCAUCGUGGACAACGGAGGAAAAACUGUGACGUUCUUCAACAACGACUACAAAGGAGACUUUCAGACGGUGACCUUCGAAGGGCCAGAGAUCAAAAAACUCUUCUACGGCAGCUUCCAUAAGCUUCACAUUGCGAUCAGCAAGACCAGCGCCAAGGUGUUUAUUGACUGUAAGAUGGUGGCCGAGAAGGGGAUCAACGCGGCGGGGAACAUCACCACUGAUGGACUGGAAGUUCUGGGCCGGAUGGUCCGCUCCAGAGGGAACAAGGACAACUCUGCACCGUUCCAGCUCCAGAUGUUUGACAUCGUCUGCAGCACUUCAUGGGCCAACAGAGACAAGUGCUGUGAACUUCCUGGUCUGAGGAAGGAGGUAGACUGCCCAGCCUUGCCCAAAGCCUGCACCUGCACCCAGGACAGCAAAGGCCCCCCAGGCCCUGCUGGACCACCAGGAGGCCCGGGAAUCAGAGGAGCCAGAGGUGAUCGUGGAGAGCCCGGUCCUGUGGGGCCAAGUGGUGCAGUCGGUGAUACAGGUGUACCUGGACCUCAGGGACCCCCGGGACCACAAGGACCCAGUGGACGCUCGAUCAUUGGGCCCCCAGGUUCACCAGGAGAGAGAGGCCAGAAAGGUGACAGUGGACAACAAGGAGCUCAGGGAGUUCCUGGCAGACCCGGAGCUCCAGGCAGAGAAGGACCUGCAGGACCGAGAGGGCUGCCAGGCAAAGACGGCCCGCCGGGCAGCCAGGGGCCCUCAGGAACUAUCGGGACACCAGGAGCCCCAGGGGCUCCAGGAACUACGGGCCCUCCAGGGAAACAGGGAGAACUGGGUCCUCCGGGUCCUCCUGGAGGCAAGGGGGAGAAAGGUGAACGGGGUGACGUCCAGUCGACAGCAUCGGUUCAGGCCAUCGCCCGGCAGGUCUGUGAGCAGCUGAUCCAAAGCCACAUGGCGCGCUACAACUCCAUCCUGAACCAUGUACCCAGUCCACCAGUGUCUGUCCGCACUGUGCCAGGACCGCCGGGGGAGCCCGGACGCCAGGGAUCACCAGGACCCCAGGGAGAACAGGGACCCCCUGGGAGACCUGGCUUCCCUGGACAGAAUGGACAGAACGGGCAACCUGGAGAAAGAGGUCAAUCAGGAGAGAAGGGGGAGAAGGGAUCUCCAGGGGUCGGAGUCCAAGGCCCCAGAGGACCCCCAGGACCCCCUGGUGCCCAAGGACAGGGCAGACCCGGCAGCCAGGGUGCAUCAGGGCGGCCUGGGAAUCCUGGAGCCCCUGGUCGACCAGGGGUUCCCGGACCCAUUGGCACCGCAGGGCCUCCAGGAUACUGUGACCCCAACUCCUGUGUGGGCUACAACGUCGGAGAGGGUGAGGAUGUCACUGACGGUGGCGCUGUCCCCGCAGUCCGACUGCCACCCAACGUCUUCCAAAACUAUGGCGAGGUUGAGGAGGACGACCCCUACCGCUACUACCAGCCCAACUACCCGGCCCCGCGGCCCGUGUCGCCCGACGACCCCGCCCUCGCCCUGGACGACAUCGAGCUGAGGUCCCCCGGCGUCUACCGCAGCUCACGGAGCGUGGACAGGGAGGAGGAGGGGGAGGGAGUCGGGCCAAAGAGGAGGCUAAAGAGAGGAGUGAAGACGCUGCCGGGACUAACUGACUGAGAGGAGGUGAUUGGAGGACCGACGGCCGCCCGCUGUUUCUGAUUGGACGGUUUGGAGCCGUUAUGGACCAAUCAACAAGUGCCUGAUGUAGAGGAUUUCUUAUGGACAUUGUAGAGGGGACAGGGUGGGGGUAUCAGGUUGGGACUAUUUUAACUCAUCUAUGCUAUUAACUUCAACAAAACCAUUUUGUGUUGUUUUGCUUUGUUUUUGUUUUUGUUGUUUUGUUAUUGUUUUUUUGUUUUGGAGACAGCUGUUUGAAAUGAACUGAUCCUGACUGGUUUAUGUUUCACUGUUUGCUUUCUGUCCCAACACACGUCCCUGUUCUCAGGUUCACCUGUGAACCGUCUCUGUCGUCAGAUCCAAGCUUUCGCUGCUUGUUAUUCACCUGGUUGGUAAAGUGCCUCCUAACUGGCUCAGAUUACAGCAAACCCACCAGCAGCGCCGUCGCAGACAUGUCAGCUGACACCGGGACAGAUGAAUACAUGAAAAAGGAUUAAGUUUUGAUUUUACGCAUCUGUAAAAUGCGAUUUGGUUGGUACACACAGGUGUGUGUGUGUGUGUGCAGCAGUGUCACAGUGGCUGCACACGGAUGAAGCAGGUGAACUGUUCAUUCACAUCCAAAUGGAUUUUAUUUGUGCAAACGUUUCACGUGUCACAUUAUUCAUUUGCAGAAUGUGACACCACCACAGGCUCAGUUAGGCCUUCAUUUGUCCUUCUAUAAAAUUUAUUACCUGUCACUCAAGGUAAUUAAGUGGUAAAUUCAGUUUUUCAUUUUAUGUGUAUUUGUCAGGGAAAAGUGACGAUUGUUUAAUCAAAGUAAACUUUUUUUUUUAGUCCCUUUUGUUGCAGACUGUCUCUCUGGAGCAUUAACAGGUGUUAAUGUUAACACAUUAAAUAUCUUUUGACACAGAGUUACCUUCCUACAGUAAAGCACAAAAUAAAAAAACAAACCGACGAUCCAACUGAAAAAACACCCGCUGAUUUUCGACAGAGCAAAACCACAGAGCGACGUGAUUUCGUCUGAUCUGCAGAAACUACAAAACUCUACAACCUGCACAACGAUUCCGACUUUACCGUGUUUCUGCUGCGUCCUUUGAUUUAAAGGCUCAGAACCAGCUCUCAAGCUUCAGAACGAAAAAACAAAAAACAGUUAUUUAUGUAAAGUUUUGCAUGUUUUUGUUUUCACCAUGUGAUGUAUCAUUUCUUUAAGCUCAUAGAGCCAUAGACACAUUUUACCGUUUCAUAUAAAAGUUUUUUUUUCUUCAGAGCUUUCAUUGAGACAUAUGCAUUUAUUAUUAUCACAGUAUUAAGCUCGUACUAAUGUUGCUGUGUAUUUGAGGUUGAUAAAAAGAAAUGUGGUAAAGACAAACAGCUUAAAAUGGGAGAGUUGUUGCAUUUCUUUGUGUGUGCUGCACGAGUCACCGACACACAAACAGAAAGAAAAUCUUUACAAAGAUGAGGAGAUGAUUUUGAGGACGGACAGCUGUUUCCCUCUCUGUGUUUGUUCUCAUUUUGUUUUUUGUUGCUUCUUUGGAUUGAUCUGCCUCCACGUGUAACAUUCAUCAUCAAGCUAAUUUAAUUUAAGCUGCCGUCUGUUCCAGGAAAAGACUCUCUGGGUCUCAGUUAUUCAUUUUUCAUAUUUUAUGCAGAGACUGAUUUGAAACACAGCAGCGCACUCUGAGGCCGGAAUGUGUUUAUUUGCAUUUAUACGUUAAAUUUCUUACAUUUGUUUUAUUGCUGGAUAUCAGUUAUAUGAAAGGAAGUCCAGUCAUUUGGAGGAAGGUGCGCCUCAUUUAUUCACCUCACUCGAGCACAGAUUCAGCUUCUCCAAAACCUUUUCAGCUCCGUGUUUCUGAGGCCUUCAGGUCUGUGAGGAGGUCAGAAUAAAAACAGGCCGCAUGGUUUGAUUUCCUUCUAAUCCUCUGACCAGGAUGUUUAAAAAACAAAAUCAAGGAAGUAAUUUAUUUUUUACUUGGUAUUGAUUUUAUCAGAACAAUAAAACUGAAGUACAACGUU